AUGGAGACGGUAAAAGAUGAGCAGCGUCUCCAGCGGCUGCGUGCACUGGAGGAUCAGCUCUGCGACCCACGUUCCACUGGCAACGUGGACUGUCUGCUGGACACUGUAACGGCGCUCGUCUCCGACUGUGUCCACCCGGCUAUCCGCCGUAUGAAAAAUGUCGACGCCUACACAAGUAGAUAUGAGGAAUUUUCUUCAGAAAUUAUUAAUUUACGUAUGAAGGCAGCUGACUUUGAUUUAAUAAAAGUAAUUGGCCGUGGAGCAUUUGGUGAAGUACAACUAGUCAGACAUAAGUCCACACAUUUAGUGUAUGCCAUGAAACUUCUCAGCAAAGUUGAAAUGAUCAAGAGGUCAGACUCUACUUUCUUCUGGGAGGAGCGACACAUAAUGGCACAUGCAAAUUCUGAAUGGAUUCUAAAAUUGCACUUUGCUUUUCAAGAUCUCAAAUAUCUUUACAUGGUGAUGGAUUACAUGCCAGGUGGCGACCUUGUUAGCCUUAUGUCUAAUUAUGAUAUACCAGAGAAAUGGGCAAAGUUCUACACAAUGGAAAUUGUAUUGGCUUUAAAUGUCAUACAUGGUAUGGGUUUUGUGCAUAGAGAUGUAAAACCAGAUAACAUGCUAAUUGAUAAGUAUGGUCAUUUAAAAUUAGCUGAUUUUGGCACUUGCAUGAGGAUGGGCCCUGAUGGCCUUGUACGUGCCAGCAAUGCUGUUGGAACACCUGACUAUAUUUCACCUGAAGUUUUACAAUCACAAAAUGGUGAAGGUGUUUAUGGACGUGAGUGUGACUGGUGGGCUGUGGGUAUUUUUUUAUAUGAAAUGUUAAUUGGUGAUCCACCAUUUUAUGCAGAUAGCUUAGUGGGAACAUAUGGAAAAAUUAUGGAUCAUAGAAAUUCUCUGCAAUUUCCUGAUGAUGUUGAAAUUUCAAAGGAAGCUAAAUCACUUAUCAGAGGUCUCUUAACUGAUAGAACUAAAAGAUUGGGCAAAAAUAGUGUUGAUGAAAUAAAGCAACAUCCUUUCUUUAUUAAUGAUCAAUGGAGUUUUGAAAAUCUUAGGGAUUCUGUUCCACCAGUGGUACCUGAGUUAUCUAGUGAUGAUGACACAAGAAAUUUUGAUGAUAUAGAAAAAUCUGAUGCCCUGGAUGAAUCCUUUCCAGAACCCAAAGCAUUUGUAGGUAAUCAUUUACCAUUUGUUGGUUUCACUUAUAAUGGUGAUUAUCAGUUGUGCGGUGGUAAAUUAAAACCUGCAGAUGUAGUUGAUACUAUCUCUAAUAAUCACAUUAAUAAUGUUGGAUCUGAAGCAAUAUUACAACUGGAAAAGCUCUUAGAGCGAGAAAGAGAAAAUAGACGUAAACUGGAAAAUCGGCACGAAAUUCUUUGUGGUCAAGUUGAGGAAUUGUGUGAGAGAGAAUCUAGAAGCAAAAAGAUCAUUGCUGAUACAGAUAAAGAAUUAGCUUUACUGAGACACAACCUAAAGGAACUACAACGAAAAGCUGAAAUAGAAGCAGAAUCUAAAAAGAAAGCUGAAGCCAAUUAUAUUGAAGCCAAGCGUCGGCUGGAGGAGGAACAAAACAAAAGAGCAAAAGAAUUUAUUAAUCUACAGAGUUACAAUGACAAGAUUAAUGCUUUAGAGAAGCAAUUAUCUGAAGUAAGGGAAAAAUUGAAACAAGAAUCUGAAGCAGCAGCUAAAUCAAGGAAACAAGCAGCAGAGCAGUCGGCAGCACAAGCUGCUGCUGCUGCUAUGAAUGAUGGUGCUGUUGCCAAUUUGCGCGCACAAAGGGACGCUUUAGAACGUGAGCGCAGUGUGCUCUCUGACGAAUUAGGGGCAGUGAAAGCUGCCAAACAACGUUCUGAUGCAGCUGUGAUUGAAGCUAAUAGUAGACUAAAUGCAGCUCAUGCUGAAUUCGAAAGAACAUCUACUAAACUAGCACAAACUCUAGCAGAUAAUAGACAGUUGUCUGAACGUGUAUCAUCAUUGGAAAAGGAAUGUGCAUCUCUGGCACACGAAUUACGAGCUGCACAGCAUCUCUAUCAACAAGAAUUACGUGCUCAUCAAGACACUCAACGAUCUCAGAUGCUCUCUAAACAAGAAGCCAAUUUGGAAAUAGUUAAAGCUCUUCAAAGUAAACUAAAUGAAGAAAAAACGGCGAGACAGCGGUCCGAAUCUGCAUGCCAAGAGAAAGAUCGUCAGAUGUCGAUGUUAAGUGUAGACUACAGGCAGAUGCAACAACGUUUACAAAAACUUGAAGGGGAACAUCGUCAGGAGAGUGAAAAGGUGGUGGGCUUGGCCGCGGCCCUUGAACAAGAGCGUACUGCGCGACUGGCAGCUAGCGGCGAGGCCGCUACGGCUGAAGCAGCAAUCCGCGCCGCCAACGCAGAAAGGGAUGCCCGCGCUCGUGAAAUUCAAACGGUUCGAUCUGCAUUACACGACAUCGAGGAGAAACUUGCUGCAACCAGCGCCGAGCGGGAUAUGCAUUAUGCUAGGAGUGAAGAGCUUCGUUCCCAACUAGAAAACGAGCAGCACUAUUGCAUGGUGUACAGGAGCCAAGUGAACGAACUACAACGGCAGAUUGAGGAGAACUCGCGGUCCAUAAGAGACUUGGAGCAGGAGCGCGCUAGUCUGAUGCAUCAAUUGCAGCUGGCCAUCGCCCGAGCCGACUCCGAAGCUAUUUCUAGAUCAAUAGCAGAGGAAACAAUUGGUGAGCUGGAGAAAGAGAAGACCAUGAAAGAGUUGGAGAUGCGCGACGCCCUGUCUCAACACCGCAGCGAGGUUGCGGCGCGGGACGCCCUCGUGCAGGGUCUCCGCGAUAGGGACCAUGAGAACCGCGCCACCAUCGACCUACAACGAAAGGAAGUAGAUGAGCUCCGCCGCAAUGGCACAGCGUUAGCGGAGAGAGUCGCGACGUUGCAACGACUGCAAGAGGACGUAGACAAGCUCAACAAGAAACUCAACUCUGAGAUCAUGCUCAAACAACAGGCUGUCAACAAACUCGCAGAGAUCAUGAACAGAAAAGAUAUGAACCCGACCACAACGAAGAACAAAAACAAAAUGUCGGUCCGCAAAGACAAGGACUACAGGAAACUUCAACAGGAGUUGACGCGCGAGAAGGAGAAGUUCGACCAGCUGGUGGUGAAGCUGCAGCGCGACCUGCAGGACACGCAGCAACAGGUGGUGGAGGAACAACAGACACGCUUGCGACUCGCCAUGGAGGUGGACAGCAAAGAUGCAGAAAUAGAGCAACUAAAAGAAAAACUUGCUGCUUUAACAAGCGAAACUGCCUCACAAUCGUCCGCCGACGCGGAGGAUGGCGAAACAGAGCAAACACUUGAAGGUUGGCUCUCAGUACCCUUCAAGCAGAACAUACGCAGGCACGGCUGGAAAAAGCAAUAUGUUGUCGUCUCCUCCAAAAAGAUUAUAUUUUACAACUCGGAGAAUGACAAAAUGAAUACUACAGAUCCUGUUAUGAUUUUAGAUUUGAGCAAGGUGUUCCACGUGCGGUCGGUGACGCAGGGCGAUGUGAUCCGCGCGGACGCCAAGGACAUCCCGCGCAUCUUCCAGCUGCUGUACGCGGGCGAGGGCGAAGCGCGGCGACCCGGCGACCUCGCAGAUCUCCCGCCUGAUUCCGCUGACCACGCUGGUAACACCGUGCAACACAAAGGCCACGACCUAGUGAGCAUCACGUACCACAUGCCCACCGCGUGCGAGGUGUGCACGCGCCCGCUCUGGCACAUGUUCCGUCCGCCGCAAGCGUACGAGUGUCGACGGUGCCGGAUGAAGAUCCACGCGGAGCACGUGUCGGAGGGCGAGGGCGGCGCGGGAGUGGCGGCCUGCAAGCUGCACGCGGACCGCGCGCGGGAGCUGCUGCUGCUGGCGCCCGCCGCGCCCGACCAGCGCCGCUGGGUCGCACGCCUCGCGCGCCGCGUGCAGCGCCACGGGUACCGCGCCGCGCACACCAACCACGACCACACCAAGCUCUCGCCCAGAGACUCCAUGCGCUCGAACCUAAAGCCCGCGUACAUGAACGCGUCACAGCGCAGCUCUACACUGCCGGCUAACGCGUCAAUACCUCGGCAGUGAAGGACGUUGGUGACGUCCUGCGUUACACUGAACGUCCGCCCGACGUCUGCCGACGUCCGCCCGACGUCCGUCCGACGUAUGCCGACGUCCACCCGACGUCCGCCCAGCCUUCGGACGUUAAUUGGACACUCUGUACACGUCCGCCCGAGGUUGCAUCCACUAUAUAUCGGAAUUGAAUAGUCUAGCUUCAUCGGUUUUUGUACUAACAUAUUUUCGACAUAUCCAUUCGAGUAGCUAGUUUUGUUAAAGUUCAAAACUGCUAAUUUUUGACCGUGUUGUCCCUAUCUGGAAGUAUUUUAUCUCGCGUAUUUCAUGUGUACACAAUGAUUAUUCGGAAUCUAUAUUGAAAAAUUAUCUGUAUUUUGGUUCAGUGUAUUUAGCUAGUCUUGUAAUAAUUUUUAGGUCCGUUUAUUAUUCGAAUUGUUUACACGAGUUCAGCUUCUCUGCUGUGAUAGAUAUUGAAAAUAUUUAUGUUAAUAUUAUGUACUUAGAUGUUUAUGUCGGUUAUUUAGAGCGAUAUGCUGCUAAGUGCGAGUGAUGAAACUCGCAUGACCGAUACACAAUGAGAAUCCUUAGACUUGUUAGUGAAAUGUGGAAGAUGAACGCUUGUUUGUUUAGUUGUUCUGCAUUGUUUUACAAAUGCUGACAAUAUGUGGCCAAUAUAAAAUUUAUAUACGUGGAGUAAAAAUAUGAAUUACGAUGUUAGCAUCUUAUUGAUUUCUGAAUGGAAGGAUAUAUGACAUAUAUUUAUAGGCGUUGUAUCAUAACACGUGGAGGGAGUCAAUAAUUCGAUUUAUACAUAGUUGUUACAACCAGCUUACUAUUAUGUGAUUUUAGUAUGUAAUGAAUAUCAUUUCGAGUGGCCUGAUUGUUUUAAUAUUUAUCCAAAUAUGUAUUAAUGUUUUAAUAAUAUUACCAAUGUGGAUUCAUGUAUAUAUUUGUUUGUGUUUAUAUUGCGAUUUUAUCUUGCUUCUAUAAGUAUGUUUGUCAAAGUUGUUCGUGGUCAAAUCUAAUUCAUCUUUCUGAUUGAGACUAAUUGCAUCAUGUAGUAUCUAAUUUUAUUCACGUUUUACAUCUUUGGUGAAUUUCUUGUAUACUUAAUACAGAGUUAUCGGAUAGAUCGUUUUGGAAAACUUUAAUAACAGAUGUUAAUUGUGACAAAGUUUUAGGUAAGAUAUCAUUUUACUUGCUCUCUCUUAUGUUUUAAACGUAAUGCAUUUCUGUUAUACUCAGAAAUAUACAAUGCAGAUAACAACUGCUUAAUUGCUUAAGUUAUUUCAAGUAUAAUUAUUGAAACAUUUACUACUGAAAUUAAGCUAAAAUGAAAUAAUAACAUAAUACUUUCACCUUAUGAACCAUGGCGUUGGUAAAAUCACCGCUUAAUAUUAAGAAGACAAUCCUAGCUAAAAAAACGCUGCUAUUCACUAUGUCACAUUUAACAGUCGACGGAUUUGUGAAAUAACUAAAAAAUCACCUGUAUCAAUAGAAACAGUAACAUUUUUCACUUUAUGUUAUUGAAGUUGUAAUUGUGUCAUGAUGUAUUAUUAUUAUUAUUAUUAUUGUAAUUUAAAUUAUAAUAAGCAAUAUUAAGGAGAAAUUCGUAAAAAAAUUCAGAGAGAGCUUUAACAAUAAACAGCGUCAUUGAAAAUGAUGAUCAAUUAAAAUAUUUCACGCAAAUAUGUAAAGGAUAUUUGGUCGCUUGAUUUACGUUAUAAAUUGUUUAUUUUUUAUGAACAUAUUUUUACCAGACGAGCAUUUUGUAUUUUGGUACGAUUUUAUGUUGGAACACCUAUGGUUUGGUUUUCUGAUAUAUUUAUAUAAGUGGAUUUAGACUUUAUACAACAGAUAGAACAGUACAAAAAACUACAUAUAUAAUAGAAUCAGGUAUAUUCUGUUUUUCUAGUUGCAUAUAAAUGUCUUUUUUUCGAAUUUACUCAUUGAAUUAGGUAUAAAGUCAUUUAUGUCUAUUAAGAUGUAACCUGUUUUAAUCUAUUUGUUUAUGUUAUACACCACUAUUUCUAAAAUCAUAUCACGAUCACUAAAUAUGCCACUUAAACAAAUAGAAUAUAUUUAGGUUUAGAUUAAAAGCAAAAUGUACAAAAUCGUGCCUGAAUGUAGUUGAGAAAAUAAGAAUGCUAAUAACCUGCCUGCAAAGGCAGUUACUAUAAAAGUAGAGGACUAGAAGACAUCACUUGGUCUAAAUCCACCUUAUUAGAAGGGAAUAAUUAAUAUUGGUAUAUUUUGCUGAUGACUACAUUUACAUGUAAGGAAGCCAAUUUACUAACAAUUUAAGCAUUGGAUGUAUUUCAUCAACCUAAAUCCAGUGAUCGUAAUUUCAUCAAAUCAUUGUUUUAAAAAAUCUUUUGCUCAUUAUUCGCUCAGUACUUUCCUGUUAGAAGAAAUAGUUUUUAGUGAAUCAUUUAAUAUUUUAUAUUAUAGUUAUGGGCAAAGUCUCGUAUUUAUGGCCUCAUAUACAAGAUGUACAUAAAUAACUAAUUUUAUUCGAUGCACCAAUUCUUCUAUAUGUAUAUAAAAAAUGUAUUUAAGUAUUUCUAUCAAAGGUCUAGCACCCAUAACACAAGCUCUUGCUUAACUUGGGACUAGACAGCGCUGUGUGAAUUAUCCAAGUUUAUUGUUGUUGUUAUAAUUAUAAAGACUAGCAAAACGUCUAAGAUUUAUACAAAAUCUUUAAGGUGAUAGAAAAAUUCUAAAAACACACUUAUACUACGUAUUUGCACUGUUUUUAAUGACUGUUAAAUGUCCAGUAGCAAUAUUUGUAGUUAUACAAUGGUAUAUUGUAACUGGAAUCUAUCUUUACACAGCUGCACUGGUUACAAUUGUACACUGAUGAGCAUUGUCUGUGUUGGGCACUUGACACUGGAAUGCUGUAACUGUAAUACCUCUACAACGUAUCUCUAAAGUUUUAGAAGUAACAAUUUACAAUUUCAUAUCACAUUUUUCUAAUAAUAUUAUUUACUGUAAAUUGUUUCCAUAGUUGAGUGAUUUGCAUGAGGUCAAAGUAUUGACCACUGUUAAUUGACGAUUAAUCCUUAUCUGUUCACUCAAGUAUCUAAAAUUAGCGAUGGAUAUCGAACAUUUAAAGUUUCCCAUAGUCAAGUGCCAUGCUUAGAUACGCAACUAUACACUAAUAAAUGUAUCUUAUAAUGAAUAUUUACAAUGGCAGUACACAAUUUAUAGUGAAUUAUACACUAAUUACUAAAACUCAGGGACCUUAAUUAGAUUAAGUACAUUAGACACCGUCAUGCCGCUUUGCAUUUGGGGAAUUAACGAAAAUCAGUGCCAUAAAAUGACCUUCGUUUAUAGUCAAUCAUAACCAUUGCUCAAGUAGUACUUCUCUUCCAACAUCGCUUAACUACGUGACAUUUUUUCGGGCUUCCUUGUAUGGGGAUACAAAAUGGUCACUUUAGAGAUUCAAAUAGACAUAAGAAAUACCAUAGACAUUAAUAAAUACACUGUGACACACGUAUCGUUUAUGCGCUGCUAUUCACGACUAAAGUAUUAAAUAUUAUCCUAUAACCAUGUUUUAUCUUACAUUAUUUCUGAAUAUUAUUCUAAAUUUGAAUAAGCAAAACAUAUUUUUUACUAGAAAAAUCAAAUGAAUAAGAGUUAUUUGAAUAAAUUACGUAUAAGUUUGAAUUUAUUUGAAUUUUGUUUUCACGUCAAUGCUAGAUAAAGUGACGUGUGAAGUAAAAUUUGACGACUAUAUACGAUAUAUGUAAUAUGCAAUAAUUUGUGCCUUUUAAAUUAAUUAAUGAAUUGCAAGUAUGAAUAGUUAUAUUAUCUUACUAUGAGUCAAUUUAGUGGCCAUUUUAGGUAUCUUGUUUAUAAAGGGGUUUGUAAUGGAAUAAGUUUUCGUAAAUUUUCGUGUCUGAGGACAGUAUUUAUAUGUAAGGAUAUUUCCAUUUUAAAAACUUUCCAUGUUAUUUGGGAUCGGACUUAUUUUAAUAUUUUCCUUAAAUGUUUCUUACUAAUUAAUAAUAAUAAUUCUGUUUUAUCGUAAUAUGUAGUUAAGAUGCAAUGGAACAACGUAUUAAUUACUUUUUGUUAGCAAAUUACUAGAUAUAUUGAGUCCCCUAUGAUUUUAUUGAAGCAAGUAUGCGGUGGUGAUGUGCGAUAUAUUAUACAAUUUAGUGCCAAAUAUUAACUAACUCGUCGAAACAGUGCGGUACAUAUACUAAUAAUACCUACCAAUGAAGAUGUACAAAAUUUGUAAUUAUUAUCAGCCUCGUUGGUUGUGCGAUUUGACAACAUAUUUAGAGAUCUUAAAAUAUCUAUAUACUCAUUGUGAUGUAGGUGUUGUGAUUUGAAUGUACAAAACUAUUAAUGUACUUAUACAUUUUGCUUGCAAACAUUGUCCCUAUUAUUUUUUUAGUCUUCUGGACUUAGAUUAUAACGAAUUUAUAUAAUGUCCACCAUUCAUAAUUAUCGAUUUUAUUUACUUCAGGAAAGUUGCUUACCGCGAGCCUUUGUUUGUAAUGCAUCUCGUUAUGUUAAAGUAUUUGUAUGUUACAACCUAACUCUCACGUUUAAACACCUUGGCUAUGUCAGAAACGAUUCUGGUGCAAAAUGUGACAACCGUACAUUCGCAAUAAUAUCCACGACAUAAAACGUUACCUAAUAUUACAUACGUAUUGCUGAUCCGUGAUGCAAUUGUAACAGCAACGUAUUCUACACUCGCGGCUCUAUCUCUAACAUACCAUUUUUAAUCUGCUUAAUCGAUCGAUUAAUGCGGAAGCUUCGUUUUAAUUUGUAUAUAUAUAUUUAAUAAAUUAUUAAUGUGCUGCUUCUUGUUGUUUGCGAUUGGAAUGUGCCUCGGCCACCGUCAGGAAGGGACCGCUUCGGUUAGUGAAGGCUCUGGAUAGCUGUGAUAAAUAGAACGUGUCUAAACACCAGUGGUGCUAAAGGGAUGCCGGCCUCCGACGCAUUGUUACUAGUGAUUCUUGUUACAUAUUAAAUGCCCUGUUUAAUAUUAGCUCUACAAACUGUUUACAUUCCCGCAAGCGAAUGCUCUGUUGAGUUUUGUUUAUCUUAGUUUUAUGUUCAUACAGUUUCGUCACGGCUUUAUGUCCAUUUUAUCAUUUAAUUUUUGUUAGUUUUUAAGUGUAAUCGACAAUCUCUGCGUACAUUAUUACGAAUUUUAAAUUACGUACUUAAGGUAUAUUUCAAUACACUUAGGCAUGCGCUUAUUUUUGAUGUGCAUUUGUUAAUUGUAAUAUAUUAGGGCAGCUACUCUGUUCAUUAUUCAUAAUCAUUCAUUCCAUAAUGUAAUCUCAUGAAAUAAGCGUGCCGCAUUCGAUAAUGGUUAUAUUGCCAAAGAAAUUGAAAAUUAUCAAAACAAUUUGGAUAUUUACUGUUCGUUUACAAUUACCGUAAAAAUAACAUAUACAUACGAGUAAUACAUAAUUAUUAUAUAUUUUUUUAAAUAACUGCAUAAUUUAUAAAUCUGUUUUUAUUUUAUGACAUUUUCGGGGAGUAUUUUUCCUCCAGUGACUGGGAGCUUUAAGAAAUACUCCCAAAUUGUCUCCUGUUAUGAACAUAUUUAUAUGGAAUAGGACAAUGUAAAGUUUAUAUGAAAUAUUUAUUAUAAUAAUUAUUGAAUUACACUUUCUGUAGUACCAUCAUACUUAUCAUGCUAAAAUUAUAAGUUCCUAACUAGAUUUUCAUUAGUUAAAAAACAAUUCAGUGAGUUGCCGUGGUCUAUUUAGUGGACUUAAUUAAAAUGCUUUAUUAUAUAUCAUACUAUUUUAUUAAUAAUGUUGAAUCUAUAAUUUCGAUCAUGAUUAGGUAAUUACUUUAGUCUUUGGACCCCAGAAAACAAAUGUUAUGUAAUAUAUAUACAUUUGUGUCAUGCAAUAUUGAAGCAAACUACGUGCCUUAGCUACGGCCCAUUCCCAUAUCACCUGGGCAUACUAUGUUAGUAACUUAGUUAUUGUAAUGUACAUAAAUAUGUUUUCAAAUAAACCAAUAUUUUAUGGAAUUUUUGAAUUUUGUAUAUUGUAAAGAAUAAUUAAUUUUAUCAUAAAAUUAAUGCCUAGUUUAUAAGUAUAUCAUCAGCGAAAUAAUAAC